AUGCCAGAGAACAGCUCCUUCGCUAACUGCAGCGCGGCAAGCCGACUUGGGGCGCGCCCAGGCCGGCUGGAGGCAGAUGGCACGCGGCCCUCCGGGACCCCCCGGCCUCCCUGGGUGGCGCCCGCGCUGUCCACAGUGCUCAUCAUCACCACCACCGUGGACCUCAUGGGCAACCUGCUGGUCAUCCUCUCGGUGCUCAGGAACCGCAAGCUCCGGAACGCAGGUAAUUUGUUCCUGGUGAGUCUGGCUUUGGCUGACCUGGUGGUUGCCUUGUAUCCCUACCCACUAAUCCUCGUAGCCAUCUUCCAUGAUGGCUGGGCCCUGGGGGAGGUGCACUGCAAGGCCAGUGCCUUCGUGAUGGGCCUGAGCGUCGUUGGCUCUGUCUUCAACAUCACUGCCAUCGCCAUUAACCGCUAUUGCUACAUCUGCCACAGCAAGUCCUACCGCCGGAUAUGCCAGCCCUGGCACACACCCCUCUAUAUCUGCCUGGUCUGGCUCCUCACCAUCGUGGCCUUGGUGCCCAACUUCUUCGUGGAGUCCCUGGAAUAUGACCCACGCAUCUACUCCUGCACCUUCAUCCAGACGGCGAAUGCCCAGUACACGGUGGCUAUGGUGGUUGUCCACUUCCUCCUCCCCAUCACUGUGGUGUCCUUCUGUUACCUGCGCACCUGGGUGCUGGUGCUCCAGGCCCACAGGAAGGCCAAGUCGGAGAGCAAGCUGCGCCUGAAGCCCAGCGACGUCCGGAGCUUUUUCACUAUGUUCGCGGUGUUUGUGAUCUUUGCCAUCUGCUGGGCCCCACUGAACUGCAUCGGCCUCGCUGUCGCCAUCAACCCAGAGGAAAUGGCUCCCCAGGUCCCAGAGGGGCUCUUUGUGACCAGCUACUUCUUGGCUUAUUUCAACAGCUGCCUUAAUGCCAUCAUCUAUGGGCUUCUGAACCAGAACUUCCGCAGGGAAUACAAGAGAAUCCUCUUGGCCCUGUGGAGGAACCCACUGGACUGCUUUCAGGAAGCUUCUAAGGGCAGCCAUGCCAAGGGGCUGCAAAGCCAAGCCCCACCUGUUAUUAAUGACCAGCACCCUGUCCAGCCAGAUGCUCUCUAG